AUGGGUAAUACUAUUAAAGAAGUCUGUUUGAAACCACAACAAUACUCAUGUUGGAAUACAGACGACGUUAAUUACCAAAAAAUCAAAGACUUAGAUGUUAAUGACAAUGAAUACAAAAAAAUUCUCCGUAUUGUUCAAAAUGUUGUUGAUGGAAAACAUCAAGACAAUACCAAUGGUUCAACACAUUAUCAUGCAAAUUAUAUUCAUCCUCGUUGGGCAACAACACCAACUGUUACAAUUGGUCAACAUUUAUUUUACAAUAAUGUUAAAUGA